AUGGGGACCUUUGUGAUGCAGAGUGAAGCCAGGCAGCUGCUACACAACAAGUUCGUGUUGGUUCUUGGGGGCUCAGUGCAGCGCUCCAUGUACAAAGACCUGGUUCUGCUGCUUCAGAGGGAUAAGUUCUUAACUCUGCCUCAGCUCAAGUCCAAAGGGGAGUUUUCGUUUGAGCAGGACCUCCUGGUGGAGGGAGGUCGACUGGGUCCCGUGACUAAUGGCACUGGGUACAGAGAGGUCCGACAGUACCGCUCCAACCACCACCUGCUGAGAUUCUACUUCCUGACACGGAUCUACUCCCCGUACAUGGAGAGCAUCCUGGAGGAUCUGAGGAAGGGACUCAAACCUGACGUGAUCAUCGUCUGCUCCUGUGUGUGGGACAUCAGCAGGUAUGGCCCUGAGUGUCUCGAGCAGUAUAAAGAGAACCUCCACAGAUUCUUCAGCCAGAUUAAAACGCUCGUUGGCCGUGACUGUCUCAUGCUGUGGACUCUGGCCAUGCCGCUCGCCAAGAAAAUCAAGGGUGGAUUCUUGGUGCCUGAAGUGAGUCACUUGGCUCCCUCGCUGUGUUAUGACAUCAUCGAGGCCAACUUCUACAGCAGUUACCUGGCGGAUGCGUACGGCUUGGACGUCCUCGACCUGCACUUCCACUUCCGCUUCAGCCUUCAGCACCGCAUGCCGGAUGGCAUCCACUGGGACGCACUGGCCCAUCGCCACAUCAGCAGCCUGGUGCUGCAGCACGCCGCUAGCGCCUGGGGAGUUGACCUGACGCCACCCCCCUCUCAUCCAGGACGAGGACCACUCCAGAGAUUUGGCUCCCUCCGAUACCAACAGAGUCACAGCUCUGACAGAUUUCAGCAUGUUCCAACUAACUCAGGUAGAGCAGAGACCAUCAGACCCCUGCCGCUCACCAAUCAUCAUGCACAGACUGCUGGUCCCCACUAUGAAGGUGAUUGA